AUGGACAGCGUAGCAUUAUCUGAGCGCCGGAAAGCUGCCGACACGCCGGUGGCGUCGGUCGCGACGACAGCGAGAGCCGGAGCCGAGGCCGAGACUCGGGACGAUAUUCUGCUCGACGACGCUGGAGACCGCGUCGAGCAGCACCUGCCACCAGUCGAUGGCGGAAUCGCCGCCUGGCGGCUUUUAUGGGCGGCUUUUAUGUUUGAAGCCUGCCUUUGGGGCUUCCCACUCUCGUAUGGUGUCUUUCAGCAGUACUACUCAACCAUUCCUGAAUUUGCUGGCAAUCGGUACAUUGGCGUCGUCGGCACCAUUGCCUCUGGCCUGGGCUACCUCGGCGCGCCCGUCGUGAUGCCGCUGAUCCAGCGCAAGCAGCAGUGGCUGCGGCCCAUGAUAUGGAUCGGCUGGCCCGUCUGUAUCCUUAGUCUCGUGGCAGGCUCCUUUGCCACCACCCUCGAGGUGCUCAUCCUCACCCAGGGCGUCGCAUACGGCCUGGGCUUCCUCAUCUUCUACUACCCGAUCCUGCACAUGGUCAGCGAGUACUGGGUCGCGCGCCGCGGCAUGGCCUACGGCAUCCUGUGCGGCGCCUCAGGCAUCUCGGGCACCGUGAUGCCCUUCAUCGUCCAGGCGCUGCUCGCCCGCUACGGCUACGCCACGACGCUGCGCGCCGUCGCCGUCGCGCUCGUCGUCCUCACGGGGCCCAUGAUCCCCUUCCUCAAGGGCCGCCUGCCCGUCGCGCAGCACCAGGGGCCCGCCCCCAAGGCCGACUGGCGCUUCCUGCGCAGCGAGCUCUUUUGGAUGUACUCCGUGUCCAACGUCCUGCAGGGCUUCGGCUACUUCUUCCCCGCACUGUACCUGCCGUCGUACGCGAGCGCGCUGGGCCUCGGGGAGCGCAGCGGCGCCGUGCUGCUCGCCGUCAUGAGCGUCGCGCAGGUCUGCGGCCAGUUUGCGUUUGGCUACUUGUCGGACCGCAAGAUCUCGACCAACGUGCUGGCGUCCACGGCCGUCGCCGUCGCCGCCGUCGCGUGCCUCACCAUGUGGCAGCUGGCGCGCUCGCUGGCGCUGCUGGUGUGCUUCGCCGUCGCGUACGGUUUCUUCGGCGCGGGCUACACGGCCAUGUGGGCGCGCAUGAGCAGCAACGUGUGCAAGAGCAAUGGCGACUCGGCUUCCCUGGUGUUUGGUCUGCUCAACUUUGGCAAGGGUCUGGGCAACGUCUUUGCGGGUCCGAUUGGCGGUAACCUGGUUGCCAGAGGAGGCAGCCAGUUUGGAGGCGGCGCGCUGGAGUAUCGCUGGGUUGUGUUGUUUACUGGCGUCUGCAUGCUAGCGAGUGCGGGAACAAUUGCGACCAAAUACUUGAAAAACAUCAUGGUUAUUUUCAAGACACAAUAG